CUUCGCUCGAGAGCUUGUUUUGUCCUGCUGGCACUGGAACCUGGUCUGGCAGAAAGCGAACCACCAAUUUGUGCUUUGUUAUUGCCCAAGAGCUGUGUUUCAGCUCGGCAAGUGUGAGGCGCGUCGUCCCGUGAGUGGGAAGCGAUGUUCGUGUCUGUGUGACGGUGUGUGUGUGUGUGUGUGUGCGUGUGUCUGUACCAGUGGUUGAAGUGGAAUGCUAAGGACGAAGGAAAAUAAAUAAAUCUUCUCGUCAGAAGAAGAAGAAGGAAAAAAACACGGUGCAAACUUGAAUUAUGUUUGUGUGCUUCGGUUGAGGGGCGCUGACGGUGCGCAGGGUGGAAAAGAAAAAUAAUUUGACAACAGCGAGCAGCAGCGGAAGCGGAUGAUGUUGAUUUUCGGUCCGGUUGGUGCAGGAAGGGGAAGUGAAAAAGGGGAAGAAAGUUUUGAACGCGAAUGAAACAAUCAUCAAGUUAGGCUACAUAGAGCGACUGAGUACGUGUGUGUGUGUGUGUGUGUGAGUGUGUACGUGAAAGUGGAAAGGAGCGCGUUUGGUGCUGCCAAGGAUUUGAUUAAAGUUGACAUUUCACAGCAAGCAAUCCCCAUCGCUCUGCACUAAACACAAAUGCUUACAUCCGCGGUGAGCUGGUCCAUCGUUUACUAGUGUGCGUUUUGCUGUUUUUCGGACUGUUUAUCAGGGAACAGCAAGGAAGUGACCUAACCUAAAGUGCAAUGGCAAGAAGAUACUUUGUUUAACCAGGGUUUGUGUGUGUGUGUGUUGCGAAAAAGGGGAUAAGAACCGAUAACCGCGGAGCGCUGUCGUUCAAUCUAGUGUGCCAUCAUAUCCAUUCUCCUACCCUGCCUCCGUUGUGCCGGCCCGGGAUGCUUUAACGAUGAGCAUAGCCGCGAUGCACGAAAAGGACGGUCACGAUCACUACCGUUACGACACGUACGCGCCGCUGAUGAAGUCCGCCACGCUGAAGGGCGUCAAGGCGGUCCACUGUACCAGCGAGACGGCCACCGUGCUCAAGGGCGGAACGCACACGACGAUGACCAAGCACAGCACCACGAUCCACAGCAAGGACGGGACGGCGAAGGCGCGGUGCUGCACCUGCUGCGCCGGCCGGGGCAGCUCCACCUUCUGGGCCGCCCUGCUGACCAACAUCGGCGUCUGCACGUUGCUGCUCGCGUACACCUUGCUAGGUUCGUUCAUCUUCCUGGCCAUCGAAGGAGGCGCUUCGCAGAUGCAGCAGCGCACGCUCGCAUCGACCAACCGGCACCAGAAGCAGCUGCCAGUGAACAACAACAACAACAACAACAAUCAUCAUGGACGGCACGAUACGGCCAACCUGACCUUUCCGCAGCUGAUACUGCUGGAAGCGGUCGAGGCGCGCCAGAAGACGGUGGAAAACAUCUGGGACAUUACCGUGUCGCUGAACAUUCUGUAUCGGGAAAACUGGACACGGUUGGCAUCGAUGGAGAUAGCACGGUUCCAGGAGCAGUUUGUCAACCGGCUGCUCGAGGAGAUGACACAGAUCAACAACAUGCAGCAAGCGGGCGCACCCGGCGCCGCUGGCCAUGAGCUGGCGGGCCACGGGCCGGACAACAACUGGACCUUUGCCCGUGCCUUCCUGUACUCGCUUACCAUUUUGACGACGAUCGGGUAUGGUAGCGUGGCACCACGGACCGUGCUCGGACGGAUGAUAACACUCGCGUACGCCGUGCUGGGGAUACCGCUGACCCUGGUGUACCUUUCCAGCACUGGCGGGAUGCUGGCGAAAGUGGCCCGUGGAGUGUUUUCCAGAGUUCUUUGCUGCUGUCUGUGCUCCAACUGUGGCUACUGCUGCUACGACGAGAAGCGCAUGGAGGAGAAGGAAAAGCGCAUGAAGCGAAAGCGCCAGCAGAUGGAGCUGCAGCAACAGCAGCAGCAGCAGCAGCAUCUCGCUCUGUCCGGCCAGGAGCCGUACUACGUGCGGUCGGGCUCGCUGCAGAACAGUGUCAACUCGCCCGAGAAGCAGCUGACCAUGCUGGGAACGGCGGCGGCGGCGGCGGCAGUGACGUCCGCUACCACCCCGGACCACGACUCGACCGCUGGCAGCAGCGACAGUGAGUCGCGCGCCUCGAUGCACGGGCUCAGCAUACUGGCCCCGAUACUGCUGUGCGUGGCCAUGAUGUCCAUCUACAUUGUGGUCGGUGCGCUCACGCUGUUCCGGCUGGAAUCGUUACCGCUGUCCGACGGGGUGUACUUCUGCUUUAUGGCCCUGUCGACGAUCGGGUUCGGGACGCUGGCCCCCGGCACACGCCGGGAGUCGACCGCGACCACCUGGUUCUGCUCGGGCUACAUCAUGGCCGGGAUGGCACUGACGGCGAUGUGCUUUAACGUGCUGCACGACGAGAUACUGCACCGGUUGCGGCACAUGGUCGAGAUGCAGAAGGAGAUCAAGAGCCACAACGAGCAUCGCCGGUUUCUCGCCUCCUGACGGUACGAGAAGAACACGAACCUGUACCAGCGGAAUCCCACCGAGGAAACCUUGAUCACCGGAACACCGACGUCCGUUAUCUUCGCCCAAGAGCCAGACUUGGGCCAGUUGCAUCUGCAGCACGACUGUCACUCGGUGCAUCAUACGGUCGGGCACGAGCUUAUACCGAUCGUUACGAUGGCCCCGAACGGGCCCGGCCCGGGCCUGUCGUCGGAGCUGCUGGACCGUGCCACAUCCCUCUCGGACGUUGGGCCCGUUGGUGUUGGGCAGCCGAUGAUGAUGCCGGCGCCGGGUGAACAAACGGUACCGCACGGGCUGGGCAUGGCGAGCAGUGGGAUCGGUUCGAUGAUGACGUCGAACUUGAAUACGGGCGUGUACACGCUGCCAGAAGAAUCCGAACACGAGUCGGAAGAGUGUCCAGCCAUGUAAAGCCGGGGAGAGCUUGUGGACAGCGGCAACCUGAUCCCGUCAGCUUUCCCGAGAUGUUGGGUGUCGGGGUUGUCUGUCGGAACAACAACAAAAAAACGCGAUACAGGUGGUACUCUUACAAAGAUCAAUCAAUCGUUGAAUCAUUUCCGUACUCAACCGUGCUGUUGAUGUGGAUCAAUUAUGACAAAUGCGGACACGUUACACGUUAAAUCUUAGGAUGAAAGGAAAUCACACACAUACAUUAGAUUUAGGUAUUUCGAAUGCGUUAGAAAAAUAGAUGGACCGAUGGAAGAUUUGUUGCAACAACUAGACAACCAUAAAUUCCACCCCCCGGUUGUUGAGACUGUCAGGACAUCAUACUAAGUGCAAUGUACAUAUACGUGUAACACACCUAACACACCUAACUUUAGCAGGCAUUUCGAGCGACAUAAACAGUAAUGAAACAAUCGCUACCAUUUACCGUACAGUGGAUGUAAAUAGUGAAGGAUUUGAACGCUGCUAAAUACCAUUUCAUAUCACGCAGUACAUUUUUCUUACAGGCCGAUACAUUUCCAGCCAGCCAUACGCAACAAUCUUCUCGUCAAUUUGUUCAACUAUGCAGCGCAGCGCAAAAUUCAAUAGGUUUUGCUUUCUUUUGCAACGAACAAUACACGCUACACUUACAAAAUCCAACCAACCAUAGAAUGAACAGUGCCAUGCGAAAUGAGUGCAUGUGUAUGUUAAACUUUUGUAUAAUUAUUACCUUGGUUGGAUAACGAAAAGGAUGUCGUAAAGCUAGCUAAUAUGGGCCGGAAAUGGUCGACGUACAUAAAUAUAUCACCUAAACUAUUUAGAUAAAGACGAAAAAGGAAAUAGAAUAGAGAUAAAUGUUCACCUUCAAGCACAUGCAACGGCUUGAUUGGCUGAAGGCAACUUUGCCAUAGAUAAAUGAGAAGCAAUUAUUCACUUGCUACGCAACGGUACGCGUACAAAGAUUAUUCUAUACGUUACCAGUCAAUCAUUUUAAGGUAGAGACAGUCUAAACAGAAAUGUAUUUUUAUCGAUUUUCAUAUAUGGUUACAAAAGGUUUUGUCGCUGUUCUGUUGGGGGGAAUAUGUUUCCUUACUAAACCUUUGGAUAGAGCAAUGUAGGAAAAGAGAACAAAUAUCGAGAGAGGCACGAACACAAAAAUUCGCGGAAAUUGUUUCUGCACAUUCGGUAUCCGAAUGAUGGUCAAACGAAAAAGGGGUUCCGUUUGUUUGUUCGGUUCCGUUCCGUUUCAUCAAAUGAGCUUUAGAACACAAAGCAAACGUUUAUAAUAAGAACGUCCACACGAAGGAAUUUAGAGCAAAACGCACAAAGGCGGACUACUAGGAGAAUUUGGAGAUUGUGCGAAGGGAGUAAUCGUCAAUAGACCUAACAUAACACAUAAAAAGUUACCUUUUCGUGCAAUAUGUAA